CUAUACAGAAUUUCCCAGAUUUCGUGUCUACGACAUCAAUUGUACAAUUUUUUUUGAAGGAAAAUGAAUUAAUUAUCAUUAAUAUUAUCAAUGUUCAGUACAUGAGUAAUGAAAGAAGGGGGAUAAUCAUUCCAAGAAAUGCAAUCAAACAAAGAACAGGCGACUUGAGCCAGCCUGGAGCCGCCUUGUUCGCUGAUCGCCGAAUGUGAGAAAAAGAUAUCUCCUUAAAACUCGACCUCAGCUCCCUAAUAUCCUCCGCAAUGACUCCAGCCAGAGAUUCACUUGACCCGCUAAGAACUUCUGAAACUGCCUUGGAAGCAUUGGAUUCAACGUCGAUGAAGUCCCAGCCUCUUUCUUUCACCCAACUACGAGCUUCCCUGAUCCCGACCAGCUCUGCUUCCAACGGGGCUAGCUGGCCACACCAUAACUUUGAAACACCAGCCACAAAUUCUCCGAACUCGUACCGAACAAGCCAGCCCAAACCACUGCGACUCCCCUUGACUGCAGCGUCAACAUUCAACUUCAGUCUCCUUGGCUCAGGUCUUCUACUUCGUAUUACACAACAACUUGAAUGCUUAAAAGUAAACAAACCAUAACAGAUGGGAAACAAACGAGUGUUAUCAUUUCUUAUACACACUUGCAUAUUAUUACUAGUUUACUACACUAUAAAAGUGUUUUUUAACUCUUGGAAGGUAAACCACCGCAUCCAGUGGGGCAAAUGUCGGGGAACAUUUGCCGUAUUUUUAUUAGUGAAUAGAGAAAUCAAUACAAAAAGAGAGGGGCACUAGACCAAAACCUCUCCUAAAGGCAUUCCUUCCAGAAUCGACGACAAAAAGUACUCAAAAAGAAAUUGAGUACUCAACCAACCACCGCCUUAGAUCUGCCAACAACAGCCUCCAUCGACCGUUCCAGUUAGUAUCAUCAAGUAAUUCCAAAAUGACCUGUGAACCAGAUUCAGCCUCAAAGCCUCUGUAUCCAAGCUGAAGCACCCAAGACAUCGAGAAGUGUAAGGCCAAGAGCCCUGCUUCAGUCGCGGAAAAUGCAUCGACUGGAAAAUGACAACCAGGCAGUAAAUCACCCACCUGAGACAUCAUCACCGCUCCACCCUUCGCACUACCCUGGCGAAACGAAGCGUCAACAUUGAGUUUGAAAUUUAGUUCAGUGAGAUUUCUCGCGCAGAAGCAGCUUAGAAGAACGACGCAAUGCAUUUCUCCAAAGCGGUUCAGCUAAGAGGUCGUAGAGCCUUCCCUUCUCUAUUCAACGGCCUCACCUUUCUACGUUCAAUGGGAGGUGGCCCUCGGACGUUUCCUGGUGGGCUCAAUAAGUGGCAAUGGAAACGCCUCCACGAGAAAAAAGCCCGAGAGAAGGAGAGAAAACUCCUUGAUCAUGAGAAACAACUUUACCAAUCCCGAAUUCGAGCUCAGAUAAGAUCAAAGCUCUCCCCUUCCGGAGAACAGGCCAGUGCCGUAGCUAACCAGCCAAGUCACAGCCCUAUGUCCCCUCAAGAACAAAUCAAGGCUCUAGCCGACAGGUUCAUGAAGGAGGGCGCUGAAGAUUUGUGGAACGAAGAUGAUGGCCCUAUUGAGGCUCCCGCACAGGAUCCACACUGCCGAGUGAUUACUGAGCCUAGUAAUUUGCGGAGAACAGUGUCGAAAGUUACAAAUUCUGGGAAUAGUUCCAGGAAUUUCAGUUCUUGGUCAAGCUCUAGACGUUUCUCCAGUGAUGCUAUAUGUUCUGUGAGGCCACUUCAUUUUCCAGGUUCAGGUGAAAAUGGAGUUUCCCAAAAUUUGUUUGCUUGGUCAAGAGAAAUGUAUAUCCCCCCAUUUUCACAGAGAAUGGGUGAUUGUAAAUAUGUGAAUCAUGCUAUGCUGCAUAGUUUAUUAACAACCAGAAGCUAUUCCCAUGAUACAAGGACUACACAUAGUGUAAAGAGGCUUGGUUUUCAAAAACACAAGAGUCUGAAGAUUGAAGAUGGUUCACAGAAGGAUACAAUUUCAUCAAGAGGACGAAAAGCCAAGUGGCCAAGGUUUAGGUCAAACAUGACCGACUCAUCUGAUGAUGACGAUGAUGAUGAUGUAGUGGGCAAAGAAGAACAGAGCGUUUCUAGUGUUAAGAGAAUGAGCAGUGCUUCUUUGGGGAAGCAUGACAUGAAGGUUAAAAAGAGGGUGCCAAUACAGUUUGUAGAAGACGAGGAAGAUUUAUCACAUAAAGUUGAGGAAAUUCGCAAGGAGGUCAAUCAGAGGAGAUUGGAAAAAUGUGGUGGGGAAGAAAAAGAGGAAGAAUUUGAUUCUGUUCUUAGUUUGAAAAGGUUUGAUGAAUGUGAGAUAUCUCCAUCCACUGUGAAGGCACUUGUGGAAGCAGGUUAUGUGCAAAUGACUAGGGUUCAAGAGGCUACUCUAUCUGCUUGUCUUAAUGGAAGAGAUGCAUUAGUCAAGGCGAGGACUGGAACUGGGAAAAGUGCAGCUUUUGUGAUCCCUGCUAUUGAAACAGUUUUGAAACCCGAACAAAGCAGGACAGUUGAGAGGGUCCCACCUGUAUGUGUGUUAAUUUUAUGCCCAACACGAGAACUUGCAAGUCAGAUAGCUGCAGAAACAAAUGUAUUACUGAAGUACCAUGAAAACAUUGGUGUGCAAACACUGGUCGGGGGAACACGCUUCAAGGUUGAUCAAAAACGUUUGGAAACAUAUCCAUCCCAGAUUAUAGUAGCCACUCCAGGUAGAUUGCUAGACCACAUUGAGAAUAAGUCUGGAUUCUCUACACGCUUGAUGAGAUUGAGGAUGCUUAUACUAGAUGAAGCAGACCACUUACUUGAUCUAGGUUUCCGAAAAGAUAUAGAAAAGAUUGUUGAUUGUUUGCCUCGACAAAGACAGUCUUUACUCUUUUCUGCUACCGUUCCUAAGGAGGUUCGCCGAAUAUCUCAACUUGUUUUGAAAAGAGAACAUGCAUAUAUUGAUACAGUGGGGCUUGGUUUGGAGACCAACACAAAGGUCAACCAAUUUUAUCUUGUGGCACCUCAUGAACAACAUUUCCAAACGGUGCAUCAGCUUUUGAGCAGUCAUAUCUUGGAAGAACCUGAUUACAAGAUUAUCGUUUUUUGUACAACAGCGAUGAUGACUUCACUCAUGUUUUCUCUGUACCGGGAAAUGAAAAUGAAUGUCAGAGAGAUACAUUCCAGAAAACCUCAAAUUUAUCGGACUCGAAUCUCGGAUGAAUUUAAGGAAAUGAAACGUGUAAUUCUCAUAUCAUCUGAUGUCUCAGCCCGUGGAAUGAAUUAUCCAGAUGUCACAUUGGUUAUUCAGGUGGGAAUUCCUGUAGAUAGGGAGCAAUAUAUACAUCGGCUUGGAAGAACAGGUCGGGAAGGCAAAGGAGGAGAAGGCAUCCUAUUGAUUGCACCUUGGGAAGAAUAUUUCUUGGAUGAACUGAAAGACCUCCCAAUGCAGAAAUGUGACUUGCCACCUUUAAAUUUGAAUAUUACAGCAAAGAUGAAAGAAUCAAUGGCAAGUAUAGAUAGCAGUGUCAAAGAGGCAGCGUAUCAUUCUUGGCUAGGAUACUAUAGUUCAAUCAGGGAGAUAGGACGGGACAAAACUACCCUGGUUUCAUUGGCUAACCAAUUUUGUCAGUCAAUUGGUUUGGAGAGGCCCCCCUCGCUGUUCAGGAAAACUGCACUAAAGAUGGGAUUAAAAGACAUUCCCGGAAUUCGCUUGAGGAAGUAGACUGCAGCCUCAUGGGUUUACUUCGUUCACUAUUUGUGAUUCGUACUUCAGUUGUAGGUUUUGAGUUCAAUUGAUACGUGGCAUUGUCUUGUGUACAUUUUUCACUUUUGUGGGUUUAAUUCUUGAUAUUUUCAAUCUUUGACUUGAAAGGAUGGAAUAGGAAUAGGAAUUGAGGAACCCAUGUUAUGAUUCUCUUGCUAAAUAUAAUUUGAUGAGGCAAGAGAAGGAAUCACUCGUUUAUCAUUCUUACAUCAUUACUCUGUAAUUCAAUACGAAAUACACAACUUCAGUUUUCGUGAUCAUUGCAUCACUCCAUGACUCCAUGUC